UUGCGUUUUAUUUAACACGUGUUUAUAGGCUUUAUUAAUAUAUUUUAAUUGCUAGGACGGCUGUCGUUUUAAGCAGUAUAAGUAGUGAACGUAGGACAAUAGCGAUUUACCGUCGCAUUGGUAUUCAUUACCAAAUGUCAAACCAAAAAUGUGCGAAUGGCAUCAUUUGGCCAGGCCAAAAAGUGAAGCCCCCUGUGAUAUAAGCUGGUCACAAUGGCCAUAAAAAGCUCCGUGGCAAGUGAAUCCGAGCUUUCGUCCCGUUAGUCGCGCUACCAGCUGACCUGAAGCAACAACAACCUGUGCGGGGCAACAAAGUUUCGCGCUUUUUUCGUCCAAAGUUCAUGGUCAGCGUCCUGGUGCGGAGGGGGAUCUAUAUUCGCUGACACACGCAUCCUAAAAUGGCCCUUAUUCGCUGCUGCUUUGAGCCACCGGAACUGCCGGAGUUCUUCGACAGCUUCGUGCAGAGAUGCACGGAUCCGAGCUGCUGCUGCGGAUGCUGCUCGGCGCUCAGGCCGCGCUACAAGCGCCUUGUGGACAACAUCUUCCCGGUGAACCCGGAGGACGGACUGGUCAAGUCCAACAUGGAGAAGCUGACUUUCUACUCACUGAGCUCACCGGACAAGCUGGACCGAAUUGGCGAGUACCUGUACCAGAAGGCCACCAAGGACAUUAACAGGAAGCGCUACAAGCUGGCCGAGAUCGCCAUGGAGGCCAUGGACUUGCUGCUGCAGGCCUGUCAUGCCCAGACCACGCUCAAUCUGUUUGUGGAAUCCUUCCUGCGCAUGGUUCAGAAGCUGCUGGAGGACUCAAACCCCAACCUCAAGAUAAUGGCCACAAAUUCGUUUGUGAAGUUUGCCAACAUCAACGAGGACACACCAUCCUACCAUAGACGCUACGACUUCUUCAUAUCGAAGUUCUCCUCGAUGUGCCACAGCGAUGCGGCUAGCAUGCGGGACAGUCUGCGUCUGGCGGGAAUCAAGGGCUUGCAGGGCGUUAUUCGAAAAACAGUGUCCGACGAUCUGGUGGAAAACAUCUGGGCGGCGGAGCAUAUGGAGAAGAUUGUACCCUCGCUGCUGUUCAACAUGCAGUCCGGGGAUCUUACGCCCGUGGAGGACGCUACGAAUGUGACACCGCCGGCGUUGGCCGAAGAGGUGCUCCGGGAGCUGGUGGGUCGCGCCUCCUUCGGACACAUUCGCAGCGUACUUAAGCCGCUGCUGACUCACUUGGAUAGACAUGAGCUGUGGGUGCCUAACACCUUUGCGAUUCACACGUUCCGCAUCGUUAUGAUCUCCAUACAGCCGCAGUAUUCUUACACCGUGGUGGAAACUCUGAUGCAGCAUCUGGACAACAAUUUUAAGUCCUCGCCCAAGACGCGCACCUCGCUGGCCGUAGUUCUGUCGAAGAUCAUCGCCAUAGCAGCAGGAGAGAGUGUUGGGCCUUCGGCCCUAGACAUUAUCAACAAUUUGCUGACCCACUUACGGACCAGCGUGAGCACAACCAGCGAAAUCACACCCGAGGAGUCGCAGUACCAAGAGGCGCUGAUUAACGCUCUGGGCGAGUUUGCCAACCAUCAUCCCGACUAUCAAAAGAUUGAGAUCAUGCUGUUCAUCAUGAACACUGUGCCGGAUCUGUCCAAAAAGAGCAAGGGGGAUCAGAUGCUGCAGAACAUACUGCUCAAGUCCCUGCUUAAGGUGGGCACCCAGUACAGUACCGUCUCCUUUGAGAAGGCCUUUCCAGCCUCCUUCCUGCAGCCGCUGCUCAAGAUGGCACGCGCUCCACACGAUCCCACACGCAUGGUUGUGAUGCAAAUCUUGCAGGCUCUACUCGACCGCCACCAGAACGAGCAGGUGCUUAGCAGCGUCAGCGUGAAGCCAUAUCCCGCGCUCUCCCAGGAGCCGCCCUCGCGUUCUGACAUCAUUUUCACGCACAAGUACGGCGCCAACAUCAUGCAGGCGCUGAUCGAUUCCAUGGCGCUAUCUGAUCGGGUUGACGCCCUGUCCUCCAGCUUCAACACCGCCGCACUGCUCAUCGUCGAGAUGUCGUGCAAUGAGACCGUGCAGGAGUUUCUUUUGUUUAUUCUUGGCAUUCAGCAGGUGGCCAACACCGUGGACACCUUGGGAACCGUGCAUAGGUGCAGCCUGCACGCCAUCUCCAUUGGCCUGUUGGUGCUCAUCUCGCGGGUGAGCGGCAUCAACAACCUACUGGAGUACGCCCAAAAGAUCGUCGAGGCACGGCGCGAGGAGGCCACCCACUAUUUACCUCCGCUGUUGGAGCCCAAAAAGAUGUCAGGGAAGAUCUUAAAUCUUUCGCUGCCGCAUCUUGCUAUUGACAAGUUGGCCCUGGGUGAAUGCCUGCAAAACGCGGGCAUGGAUGCGCAGCGCUUGAACACGGGCGCUCCAUAUGCGCUUAACCAGACCGAUCAUCCCGGACACCGCCACUCUUGGGUGGAGUCAGUAAGCAACCAACUGACGCAGCGUAACAGCUCGGCGGAUCUUACCGUCUACAACGGCGAUGGAGACAGCGUGAGCAGUUCUCCGGGCGUAUGCAAGAAGCUGCUGGCGCCAGAGUUCAAUUUUGAUGCCAUGAAGCGGGCUCUUGCCGAGCCGACGGAGACUGUCAAGCGGGAGCAGCGUGAGCGCCAGAUGCAGAUCGUUCGCACCUUCCGCGAAGGCGAGUUCGAUGAUCUGAUAAGACGCACAGAACCAAAGCACGAUCUUAUCCAGAACCGCCUGAACGAGCUAUUUAACUCACUGGCCGUGGAGCGUCAAAUCACCCAGAGCGACACUAAGGCCGCUAGCUUGCAAGCUAGCAACGAGAAGCCCAUCUACGAAACAAACUUUCCCGAACUUUUUUACUACUAAACUGUAUUCCUCGAUCCGGAAAACUUUCCGCCGAAUAUUCUAUACUCAAUUCGAAUGCGAAUUUGUUUGGUGUCUGUAAGGAUCUAGUUAAAUUAAUUAAAUUUUCCGUUGUUAAAUGCAAACAAUUAAAUUGUUAAACUAUCUGGGGAUAUGUACUUUGAAUUAAUUGUUAUACAAAUAAAAUCAUAUGUAAACAAGUA